AUGCAAUUCCGUCAUCUUUUUGCACUCGCCACUGCCUUUGGUAUUGCCACGCCGGUUAUAGCCAGUCGGUGCUUGGUUGUAGUGCUUAGCGACAUUGAUGGAAAGACAUGGGAGACCGACUGGGAACGCUGUGACCCCCCUGUACGCAUGCUUCAAUUUGGCGGAAAUACUGAUCCCAAACCCAAGAACCGUGGCUACAGAUUUUGGGUAAAAGUCGAUGCCGACUGCAGGAAAGCUGUCCGCGUAGCGGGUAGAAUGCCUGAGGACAGUCAUUUACUCGGCAAAGCAGAGAAAACAAAGCCCGCCCUGCUGUGGUGCAACCUCGAGCUCAACUUUUCAAUCAUCGGCGGCAACUUCCCGACCCUGGGACCCUUCAACAGGAGCCUCUUCCAUCCCGUACGCAGCACGUCCGGCACCGGCUGUCGGUGUUGGAGCCAGCACUUCGCCAGGAGGAAGAGGACUUUGAGGGCGAGGAGGAGCGGAGCCGUGGUGCGCAGCUUGGACGCCGGGGCGAGCCUGGGAGAUCUCGACUUUGGCUCCGCCACUGCCGCCAGCAGCCUCCCCCGGGACCGCACAGGCCGUGGCAGCGGCGAGAGGAUCCUCAUGGCUGGCAGGGAGCAGCACCGGGCGCGAAAGCAGGAGCGACAGCCGCAGGUUGACGAGGCCGGGGUCAAUGGCCCUUGGGAACAGACAGAGACGCGUGGCAGCGCCAAACCGAACGGCUUGGAUUGCCAUGAGAAUUCCAAGGCAGUACAAAAUCAGCCAUAA